AUGGCGUCCGAACCUGCCGAUGUCACAUUAGAAACCUCCAUGGUAUGUUUUUCUUGUCCUCUAGAAAGCAACUGUCUUUGUGUUAUUUCAUUCGCUGUUUCUGUUACUCUCUAAUACAAAUCACCUGUGAAGCGUGUAUUACUGCGUACCUAUAUACACCUUGAUAACGAAUUUGGUCGUCACACGAGUCUUAUUAUUGUGCAUUUCAAGGGUGAAAUUAAAUGUGAAUUAUACUGGAAACAUGCCCCCAGGACUUGCAGAAAUUUUAGAGAUUUGGUGAGUAUUUACCUGGUUGCUGACUUUUAUUGAUCAUGUCAGAAAAUAAUAUUAUUGAAUGUCCCUUCAAGUGUCGUUGUGGUGGACAAGAAAAAACUUCACAAUGGCUAAACUUUAGAACACGCAGACACUAUAAAUCUCUCGAAGAGCUGCUUUUUAAUCUACUAGACGUCCAAAUUUAACAAAAAAAGAGCUAAAAAAUAAAUUCAAAGUGUAUUUUUAUGAUUCAUAUCUUCAUUCUUCAGCAUUUACAAAGCUUAGUAAUUUUUCAUGCUCUUAGUCUUUAAGUAAAAGUAAACUAAUUUUUAAGGGCUGGGGGAGCUGCUGUUUAAAAGGGUUUACGCCGGUUUCGCUACUUGUCGAGUUUGCUACGUUCGAGUUGGCUACAUGUUAUCACAUUAAUUUUGGGCGCUUGACGUCUUAUUGGCGUUAUUUAAACAGUAUGUGAAGUUCAAGCACAGCAUUACAAUUUACUUUAACUUACAGUUAGCAGCAAGUUUGAACGGUUUGCUGAUGUGGUGAACUUGACAAGUACAUGUAGCGAAACCGGCUGUUACCAUUUUUAGUUAAUUACCUAAUGUAGAUAGAUUUGUCAUGACGCGUCUAGCGUGACAUGCCAUAUAUGGGCAUGCAUGCUUCAUGCAUGAUGUAAUCUCGAGUAGAGCACAUUUUGUGAUUAAAAAAAGAAAGACUUAAAUGAAUCUUUGUGUACCUGCAUCCCAUUUUAUCACAAGAUUUAUCGACUGCAAAUGCAGGGAUGUGGGAGCAAUCAUUUUUUCACCCAAUUAUGUAUAAAGUUCAUUCAUUUUCGUCCUUAUCCGAGAAGACUAGAAAGUCUGAGCAUUUUGCAGAUGUCAUGUCAAAGGAGGCACUUUCUUCUCAGUUAUUUAAAGACCCUGAGUGUUGGUCCGGCGGGGCUUCGAACCAGCGACCUCCAGCUCAACAGACCAGUGCUCUCCCAACUGAGCUAACCAGGGGAUGGUAUUAUGGUUGUCACAGGUCAGGAGAUAGCCAGGGAAAAAACUUACUCUGAAAUUACUAGUUGUAGGAGACAGUACAUGUAUAAAUCUAGUAAAAAGGUAUGGUCAAAUCAUUAAUUCACAGUUUAGUGGUUAGAAUACUCAGUGGGUCUUUGAGAGCAAGAAAUCAAGUUUUUCUUGACUCAGUGUAUUUUUGUCACCCACCUUUAAUAAUAAUAUUAUUGUUUUAACAGGCAGCGAGAGGAUAUUAUAAUAACUGCAAGUUUCACAGAGUUAUAAAGGUAAGAGAAAAGAACAGGAGAAAAAUUUUAACAGUAAAAGAGUAACACAAUAUAUUACUGAUAAUCCAUUAGUUUUCAUUGUGGCCUAUAAAUAUGGCCAGAAGCAAAUAUAUAAUAUAAACACAAUUAUGAUUGACGGCAACAAAAAACUCCAUCGUGAAGGUAGCCUGAAAUUCAUCCGAUUGCUUCGAGUCGUUUUCUCCUCUCAACAACGUCUGAAUCGACGGGCCGUUAAUGCCGUCCAGUGACGUCACUCACUACCCGAAAACCGGGUAGUGAUUUUGAUUGGUUGAUUGUCUAAACAUUCGCAUAAUUAUGUAUAAUUAUGAAAAAUUUUAGUGCGAUUGUCACUUGAUAUUCAGCGGAUGGCAUCCCCGGCAUUCUUUCGUUUAGUUCAAACAUUUCGAUAAGCUUAAUCUUUAUCUUAACCAGCAAAAUUACCCUUGUCUUCGAAACUGAAGUGCUAAAUUGAACUGCGAAUGAAGAAUCAUUGCAGAGAGUGGGUAGGUUUUUCAUUUAGAGCCGCUUUGUAGUUUCGGCGGCCGGUGAUUUUGUUUACGCGAAGUUUUCUGAGAUCAAUGUUAUAAUUCGACCUUCUUACUAUUUUUACCGUCAAGUGUAAUGAUUCUGUUAGCUUUUCUUUCUUGUCUCCUUGUUUUUUUUAUUCGUUAAUUAAAGCAAAUCAUUGUGUUUUUGAACUAAGUGUUCCGUGUGUGUGUUUAUUUCAUUUGCGUGAUUGCGACCGAGUUUGAUAUUUAUAGAAUUUAGUACAACCGGUUCAGAGUUGUACUGCAUGCAGUUGAUAGUUUGAACGUUAAACAUGAAUUACAAUCGAAAAAAAUAAAGCAGUCCUGUAUCAUGCAGACAUUUCCAAACGAUAUUUCUCGGUUUGCCACUUGAAAAUCGUGUUUUACUUUUUGCAUGAAUUAAAGCAAAGGUCAAGGACUAGUGACGUCACUGGACGGCAUUAAUGGCCGUUCGAUUCAGACGUUACUGAGGGAGUAAUAACGACUCGAAGUAAUCGGAUGAAAUUCAGGCUAUCGUGAAGGCGGCUUUUGAACUUCAUAGUUCGUGCAUUUUUGAAAAGCACAGUAAAUUUAUACAUGCAAAUUUUUUUUAAAGAUUGUUUUCUUGCACACCCAGUGAUUUUGUUACAAAUAGUUAUGUUGAGUUUUGGGACUCAUCCUGUGAAAAAUCAUGAGUCCCAGUCCAGAUCUGAUGAGUCCCAGUUCAAAAACACAAGGAGUUAUGCUUGGGCUUUUAUGUAACCAGACAGUAAAUCUAGAGACAACUCCAAACUCUUUAUUAGAGUUUACUGAAAAUAUUGAAAUCUAGCCCUUCUAUAUAAUUAAAGCACAAUAAUAUUAAAAGACUAUUAAAAUAAAUAUACAUGUAAUAUAACUUUAAACAACAGCCACAGAAAUUACACGUACAGGAUAGUCUACCAAAAUAUCUUCAAAUUGACUGAUCGUUCUUUGCAUCCUAUGGAAUGCAUGCCGUGAAUUAUUUUGUGUCUUAGGGGAAUUUUUAUGUGUCAGGGAUGCAGGACGCAGGGGUAACAAAAUCAGUGACACCUCACCAUUAUGGACUUGUGCUACUACAGAAACUAACUAAAAGAGGUUCUUCUGGAGUUGACUGUCAAAUAGGAUGUUAUGCCAGAAAAAAGAUAACUCCUUAUGUGCUCAUUUUUUGUUAUAGGGUUUCAUGAUCCAAACAGGGGAUCCUACAGGGACUGGAAAAGGAGGUGCCUCUGUGUAUGGGUGAGUAUGCUUAAAAAGUCUCUAAAAGUAUUGCAAUAACACUUUAAAACAGUUAACCCAAAAUCUGCAAACUUUUUUUCUGAGUGACCAACUGUCCAAAACACCAAAAUUUUACCAGUUAAAGCCCUAUUAGAACACCUUAUGUAAACCACUAUCACUUGUAAGCGACCAAGAUCUUAAACACAAAAAGAGAAGUUUUGUAUCUCAGCCUGGCCAUGUAAUAUCCUCUAUGUCACUAGCAUACAUGUAAAGUGCGGUAUUCUUUUAUGCAAUAGGCCUGCUUUUGAAGAUGAAAUAACAAGAGAAUUAAAGCAUACAGGUGCAGGAAUUCUGUCAAUGGCAAAUAGGUAACAAUCAUUUUCCUUUAAACAGGAUGUAUAGCAAUCUGUAAUCUUGUAGUUCAAGUUCGUAUCAUUCUUAUGAUUUUAUUGCACUUUAAUUUGCCUUUUGUUUGAGUGUUUAGGUAGUUGAUUUUGUUGGCUGUGCUUAAACAAGGAGUUUACCAUGAUGUUCUGAAUAAAUAAAACUAUAUAAUGAAAUUAUAUAGUAAAAAAUGUAAAUUAUUUUUUGAAAUCUUUAUUGACUUUUGAAUUUUUUUAGUGGUCCAAAUACUAAUGGUAGCCAGUUUUUCAUCACUUUGGCUCCAACACAGUGGCUUGAUGGUAAGAAUACAUGUUUGACAUUUUGGUAAUGAAUACAAAAUUUACAAUUACCAGUGUAAUGCAAUUACCCUUUGAAUGACAUGUUAUCUUAACAGGUGAAGUAUCACCGUUGCUAUGGCUACAUAAGAAAUCGCACCUUUCACAGCAAAAAAACUAUUGAAGUGAAAUGGUUUGGUAUUUCAUUGAUGUUUAUAUAAUAAAUAGAACAUUACAUGGUCGCUUGGAGAUACGAAAUUUCUCUUCUCGUGUUGAAACAAUAUUUCACUCGUUCGCUGCACUCACUCGUGAAAUAUUUUGCACUCAAAGAGAAAUUUGUAUCUCCGCACAGCCAUGUAAUAUCCUCUAUUUACUACUUACUUGGAUUAAUAAACUUUUAAGGCAUUAGUCCAUGGAUGAUGGUGCAAAGAAAAAUUCAACUGCUUAUUGCUAUCCUCAGAGCUACUUUUUCGCUCAUUGUCAGGCCAUGAAUCAAAGCCAUUUUAGGUAAUAUCUACUUCAUUGUAGGUCAAUUAUUUUAGCUCAUUGUAGGUCAUUGUAGCUCAACUGUAGCUCAUUUUUUUGUUUUAGUAGUACAGCAAGUGGAACCCUGCUCUAAGGACACCCAGCUUUGGCAUACAUAGAGGAAAUUUUCAAUUGUCACAGCCCAAAACUUAUACUUUUUUAAAAAAUUCAUCCGCUCAAUACCGACACUGGUUGAUAUGGACAAUGGGCAUUUACUGUGUCUUUGUGUCCUGUGUCACAAACUCCCUCACAUCAUCAACCCCUCUUUAUGGACACUGUUUAUCAUUUCUUUCUAUGACUGAACUUUACCAGUGAAAAACCAACAGGAAUAUGGCAAGUGACCUUUCAAAUGUUCUGUCUAAUAUUCAGUCCACCUGGCUGAGUGGCAAACUAAGAUCAUCAAUAAUGCAAAGUAAAGUCCAAGAUUCCAUCUUUGUGUUUAGGGGAAAUACUUAUAAAAGAUAAUUUUGGUCCAAGAAUACAAUAAAAGAUCCUUAGGUUUAUUUAGGAUGAACUUGUUAAAGUUACAGCUAAGAAAUAAACAAUGUUUUCUCACAAAAAUGUCUGCUUUCCUCUUCAUAUCAGUAAAACAUGUGUCCAUGUUGUUUUUUUCUGAGAGCCUGAUUAAUAUGGACACCCAGUUGAUAUGGGCACAACGACAUGUCCUCUUGGUGUAUUAUUAACCAGGUUACACUUUACAAUAGCAAUGUCCUAGAGAUGGUUUUUUUUUUUUUUUUAAAAAUGCUCCUUUCCUUUCCCUUUUUAGUUAAGUUGGUCCUUAUAGACGUUUGUUUUCUUGGGGAAAAUGACUUGUCUGUUUCUUGAAAAGGCCUUACUUGCAUUUUGGACAAAACAGCUGCAUUUAAUAGUGCUCAUUUUGUCAUUUCUUGCAGGCAAACAUACAGUAUUUGGUAGAGUGUCUGGUGGAAUUGAAAUAGUCAGGAGAAUAGGGCUGGUAGAAACUGACCCUUCAGACAGGUAAUUUGGUUUAAACCUUUAGUGGCUUAGUUGCAGCCAAAUUCACUCAAAAAAUAUAACAUUCCCAAGAUAUAUACCUAUGCUAAGCUUCUUAGAGACUGAGGGAGAAAGCAGAUGAUAAUUUUUUAUCUUUCAUCGAUAUUUAUUUUUAUUUUGCCUUUUAGUGUCACUGUACAGGGCUCUAAAUAAAAUUGCAUCUACGUUGACUGUGCAUAUACACAAUGUAUUGCGAGGUGACUCAUUUUCUUGUAACAGUUGCUACAGUAAAUAUCGGAAAUAAAGUUUGGCAUCUUAACUUACUGUUUGCGGAAUGAAGGGCCAGGUGUCUACUAAUUAAUACAGGUUUCACAGUUAACAGUAAUAAUUGCCUUGAGUUAUAAUUCAGAGCGGGGAUUUUCAACCCCAACAUUUGUGAGAUCUGGCCUGACACUACCCAAAAACAUCUAUUUUCAUCCAAAGUGAUCCUACAGCUGUAGUUACUGGUAAUUCCAACUUUUUCCUUUAAAUAGAUGAUUACAAUGUUUAUAUAAUUCUACUUUUUAAGGCCACUUCAUGAUGUUUACAUCUUACAUGGAAAGGCAUUGUAACAUAACAUCCAAAAUGAUUCUACAUGCUGUGAUGACAUUAGUAUCACUGAGAGAAGAUGUUCCCACCAACUAAGCUUGUGACAAGCAAAAAGGCUAUUACGAUGUUUUAAUAUAGUUGUUAACCUAUAGAAACUCGAGAGCAGCUCAAGAUCAUCAACACUAGUUCUGGAACAUUGUACAUCUUUUACACACUUUACUUUUAUUACAGAGGAUGUAAAUUUAUUAUUUGAAAUUUAAAUAAAACUUCCUUUUGUUUAAU